ACUUUUUGGUCCAUAAAGGUGAUAAAUUCACGCUUAUGUGGACCAUACUGCUGUCUGUCAUUUCUCUCAUGUCGUUUGAAUCACCAUUAAGGCAAGCAUCUGACUGUAAGAGACCGCCCCAGUAUCCACUGCUGCAUCCAACUCGCUUUCACACUUGGGUUCAUUCAACACACACUUUUCCCACCGGGAUGGAGCCGCUUCAGCCAGCGCGCGGAGCAAUCGCGGAAUACACACGCUUUCACACGGCACACAUGGCUACGCAUACGAGGCGGAUAUUUUUUACCUUCAUCUGGAUACUAACGCUAGUUUCAAGUACGAGGACGAGAAUUUAUCCACCCAACGAAGUGACCCUGCUGGAUACCAGGACAGUGCCAGGAGAGCUGAAAUGGGCAGCCAGUCCUUCAGAGGGAGGGUGGGAAGAGGUGAGCAUAAUGGACGAGAAGAACAUCCCCAUCAGGACUUACCAGGUGUGCAAUGUUUUGGAGCCCAAUCAGAACAACUGGUUGAGGACGGACUGGAUCCCCCGAUCCGGUGCUCAGAGGGUCUAUGUUGAAGUCAAGUUCACCCUGAGAGACUGUAACAGCCUGCCAGGUGUCACCGGCACUUGCAAGGAGACGUUCAAUCUGUACUACCACGAGUCAAACGAAGACAGAGAGAGCUACAUCAAAGAGAGCAGCUUCAUUAAAGUGGACACUGUGGCAGCAGACGAGAGCUUCACCCAGGUGGACGUUGGUGACCGUAUCAUGAAACUGAACACGGAGGUGCGGGAUGUAAAAGUCGUAACCCGUAAAGGUUUCUACCUGGCCUUUCAGGAUGUUGGCGCCUGCAUUGCUUUGGUUUCCGUCAGAGUUUUUUACAAAACCUGCCCACUCACUAUCAGGAAUUUGGCAACCUUUCCUGACACAGUCACUGGAGCUGACACGUCCUCCUUGGUUGAGGUCAGGGGGUCAUGUGUCAAUCAAUCAGAAGAGAGAGAGGAGCCUAAAAUGUACUGUGGUGCUGAUGGAGAGUGGCUGGUUCCUAUUGGUGGAUGUUACUGCAACCCAGGAUAUCAGGAGAAGGGAGGCGCAUGUAAAGCCUGCUCUGCUGGGUUUUACAAAGCUAAGUCUUCAGAUGCGGGGUGCUCAAAGUGUCCGCCGCACAGCCACUCGCUCAGAGAUGGUGCGACUGUCUGUGACUGCCACUCUGGAUUUUACCGGGCUGACAGUGACCCUCCCUCCAUGGCCUGUACACAGCCCCCGUCAGCCCCUCAGCAGCUCAUCUCUGUGGUGAACGAGACGUCGGUGGUCCUGGACUGGGCCCCCCCUCGCCGUCUGGGAGGACGCAGUGACACCAGCUACAGUCUGGAGUGUCUCAUCUGUCAAACAGGAAGCCACAGUCAGAGCAGUGGUAGAGCUCUCCCCAGGAAUCGCAGCAUCCUACAGCCCGAAGCUCAGCACGGAGGCCUUGGGAUGCAGUCUGAUCAGGGGAUUGUGGGAUCUGAAGUGCAGGCAGGUAGAGGGGUCUUCCAGAGCAGGCCGGAACCUGAAGAUUACCCGAGACCCAGCUCAGGCUCCAUCUCUCAGCUCUGCCUCCCCUGCGGCUCAGAUGUGCUCUUUUCACCUGGUCAGGCGGGCCUGAAGAGCACUAAGGUGGUGGUGAGUGAGCUCCGGGCCCACACGCACUACACCUUCAUCGUCCAUGCUCGCAAUGGGGUCUCCCAGGCCAGCGGUGCAGGGGCAACCCAGACUGUGUCUGUCACCGUAACAACCAACCAAGCUGCUCCCUCACCAGUAUCGUAUGUCCAAGCCACGGAAGUCACCAGGCACAGUUUGUCGUUGUCAUGGCAACAGCCAGAUCGACCCAACGGGGUCAUCCUGGAGUACGAGGUCAAGUUCUAUGAAAAGGACCAGAAAGAGCGCUCCUACCGCAUAAUGAGGACCUUCUCUCGGAGCGUUGAUGUCGCGGGUCUUAACCCCCUCACUGUGUAUGUGUUUCAUGUGCGAGCUCGCACCGCAGCGGGGUACGGAGAGUUCAGCGCCCCGUUUGAGUUCUCCACUAAUUCAGAUCCCUUCCCUCUGAUUGGAGAAGGAGUAAACUCAGCCUUCCUGCUGCUGUCUGUCAGCGGGGUUGGAAUUUUACUGCUGAUAUCUGCAGCUGUUUUCAUCAUUAGCCGCAGGAGGAGCAAGUACAGCAAAACAAAGCAGGAGUCAGAGGAGGAGAAACAUCUCAACCCAGGAGUCAAAAUCUACGUGGACCCGUUCACCUACGAAGACCCAGAUCAGGCCAUCCACGAGUUUGCCAAAGAGAUUGAUGUUAGCAGUAUUCACAUUGAGAGGGUUAUUGGCAUGGGAGAGUUUGGGGAGGUGUGCAGCGGUCGGUUGCGUGUUCAGGGAAAGAGGGAGAUCUAUGUGGCCAUCAAGAGUCUGAAGGCGGGUUACUCGGACAAACAGAGGCGGGACUUCCUUUCUGAGGCCUCCAUCAUGGGACAGUUUGACCAUCCCAACAUCAUCAGGCUGGAAGGGGUCGUCACAAGAUGUAAGCCGUUGAUGAUCAUCACAGAAUACAUGGAAAACGGGUCCCUGGAUGCUUUUCUUAGGAAACACGACGGCCAGUUCACAGUUAUCCAGCUGGUGGGCAUGCUGCGUGGCAUCGCCUCAGGUAUGAAGUACCUGUCAGACAUGAGCUACGUUCACAGAGACCUGGCAGCUCGGAACAUCCUGGUCAACAGCAACCUGGUGUGCAAGGUGUCGGAAUUUGGCCUGAGUCGAGUUCUGGAGGACGACCCAGAAGCUGCUUACACCACACGGGAGCCCACUGGGACCUUAUCUUUCACCUGGAGGGAAGAUCCCAUCAGAUGGACAGCUCCAGAGGCAAUAUCCUACAGGAAGUUCACCACAGCCAGCGAUGUGUGGAGCUAUGGCAUCGUCAUGUGGGAGGUGGUCUCAUACGGAGAGAGACCCUACUGGGACAUGAACAACCAAGAUGUGAUUAAAGCAAUAGAAGAGGGCUACCGCCUGCCUGCUCCCAUGGACUGUCCUGUGGUCCUGCACCAGUUAAUGUUAGACUGCUGGGAAAGAGAGCGAGCAGAGAGACCCACCUUCAGCCAGAUCCUCAACAUGCUGGAUAAACUCAUCCGUAACCCUGGGACUCUGCGCCGCACAGGAGGGGACAGACCCACAGCCACCAUAUUGGAGUCCAGUUUGGGAUCAGAGGUGUGCGUGUCAGUCGUACCUGAGGUGUGUGUGCCACAGUGGUCGAUGUGUGUGUGGCUGCAGUCCAUCGGGUUGGAGAGGUACAGAGACACUCUGGCAGCAGCAGGAUACACCAGCCUCGACAGCCUCCUGACUCUCACACACCAGGAGAUGGACAGACUUGGAAUAAUCACGCCGUCACACCAGGACAUACUUAUUGCCAGUGUGCAGCAGGAAAUGUUGUCUCAGAUGCAGCACAUGCAACACACAAUGGUUCCAGUCUGAGCGGCAGAAUGGAUACAAACCUGUUUUUGGGAAGAAUUUCAUUUACCUCAUCCAUGCACUUUAGAGGGACUUUUUCAAGGAGUGGAGCGAAGUCGUAAUACCGAGUGAAAAAAAGGAGAGAGAGAGAGAGAGAGGGAGAGAGAAAGAGAGAGACAGAGAGAGAGAGAAAAGCAGCACUUUUGUGAACUUCCAUCCUGUGGAGUUUUCUAAAAUCCAUGAUCUGGACGUGGCUACAGAAGGUAUUAAGCUACUGCGAGCUUAGACUGAAGCCUCAUCCUCUUAUCCACUUCUCUUUUCCAUUAUUUUAUUCUCUGGUUUUGUGAAGGCUGACAUGUAAGGCUGUGCAUAAGCAGAAUGGCUUCCAACAUUUUCUUUUUGCUGCUUUGGGCUUGACUUGAAUAAAAUGUGUUUGCUUGUAUGUAUGUAUGUUUGUGUGUUUGUAUGUGUGUGUGUGUGUGUGUGUGUGUGUGUGUGUGUGUGUGUGUGUGUGUGUGUGUGUGUGUGUGUGAGUGUGGUGUAUGUUGCGUGACUGCACAGAACCUGGAAUCUUCCCUGUCAGGACUUCAACUAUCUUUGAAUAUUUUGGAUAUGCAAAGUAAAAAGAGAGAGAGUGAGAGGGAGGAGCUGGACAGAAUGUAUCAUUAAGAGCUCUUGACCUGAUUCUUACUAACACUGUAUGAUAUGCUUGUGUUGUUUUUUUAAACUGUUCUGUUUUUAUUUUUGAAUUGUAUGACUUUUGUUGAAUUAGAAUGAAUUUGUUGAAUUAUUUUGAGUAGAUUGUCAUCCGUCUGUGUCAAAUGUAUAUGUCUCUUGUUUAAUGCUAAACUUAGCUACAUGAAGCAUUUUGUUUAUUUAUGGCCUUUUUUAUCUAGUUUGUACAUUGUGAAAUAGAAACAUUGAGGAAAUAUUGUAAUGACUGCCGUAUUGCAUUGCAAUAAAUCCCCAAACCAUC